ACCAUGCGUGUUUUGCAUAGAGUUUGUUUUGUGUCGACGGUUCGUGGUGAGCAGCAGGUGCGAGAUAACAUACUGACGUGAGGACGAUAAACUUUUCCGAUUAGCGUUCACAGGCGUAAUUGGUCUUACUUCCCACGUAAAAAAGCUGCAGUAGACUUUUGUCGCAGUGAAGGCGCGAUGUUUAUUCAACGGUUGCUUGAAACCGAGCGCAAGCUUAUUACUUUCGGAUCUCGGAGACUCCACACAUUGCCUGCGAAGAUGAAAGCAUGGCAAGCCCGCAGCUUUAACGGCAUCGACAGCGUCCAGAUGGAAGAAACACGAGUUCCCCAGCUAAUAUCAUCGAACGAAGUCCUCGUUAAAGUCCACGCAGCGAGCGUCAACCCGCUUGAUGUGGCGAUGUUGGAUGGAUACGGGAGAAAUGUUAUAGACGUGCUGAGGACGCUUCAAUACUUUCCUAACAACAGGGAAAGAUUUCCUAUGGUCCUGGGCAGAGAUUUUUCAGGUGAAGUCGUAGGUGUUGGACAUGGCGUGAAGGAGUUUCAAUUUGGAGAUCAGGUCUGGGGUGCUACCUUGGCUGGUCGGCAGGGAUCUCACGCAGAGUAUAUUGCAGUACCCGCACGUGUUAUAACGAAAAAGCCAAAAACCAAAUCUCACUUGGAAUCUGCAGCAUUGCCUUACGCAGCAUUAACAGCGUGGGCUGGAAUCCGCACCGUGGGAAACCUCAGCAGGUAUACAACGCGAAACAAAAGGUGCUUAGUUUUAGGGGCCUCUGGUGGUGUUGGGAGUUUUGCUGUACAGCUAUUAAGAGCCUGGAAUGGAUCCGUCACAGCGACAUGCAGCACCGGAGCGGUAGAGAUGGUUUCGAAACUUGGGGCAGACACUGUUGUUGACUACACUGCACCCGAUUUCGAGGCACAGCUACUCCAUGGCCCAAGGUUUGACUUUAUUCUAGAUUGCGUUGGUACCCAUCAAGGUCUGUCUCCAACAAAGCUGCUUCACAAAGGCCGCCUUUCAACCUACGUUACCGUCGUGUCACCCGUAUUGAAAAAUACGGAUAACAUGGGCAUUUUCUCUGGCAUGGCACUGUCUGCGUACCAGGCAUUGCAGGUUACUGUUCAGGAGCUUGCCGAUGGUCGCAGUGCUCGCUGGGCUUUUUUCUGCCCCAACGCCAACGCACUGAAGGAAAUUGCCGAGCUUGUUGACCUUGGCAAGGUGACGCCUAUUGUCAGCAGCAUCUAUCCUUUCCUGGAAGUUCCAGCAGCCUACCACAAGAUGAAGGAAGGCCAUGCCAGAGGAAAGAUAGUGAUCUCAGUUGUUCAACAAGAGCCUCGUGCCGACAAGCCCUAGAAAGCGUGAUUUAAGAUAGCACAAUUUGUGAGCCACUAUAUACUUACCAAAAUACGGGUAGGGAAUGUUUACGAGUCGCUUGUAAAAAAAAAUGCAGUUGCAAGUUUCGGUUUGUGGAAUGUUUUUAUUGCCCUACUGUGGCUUUAGGAUGUAUUAUACUUGAAAAAUAAAUUUCGAACGUCUUUGCAUGAGUGAA